AUGCCAGAAGGCAAACAUGAGCCACCGGAGACAGAGGUGCGAGACAUGCAACUGAAAGAGGAAGACACGGAUUUGGACAUGGACAAUAUCGCUCCCGUCGGUGCGGCCAGGAGGGAGGCAUCAACUCCUGGCACCGGCAUGGUCAGCGCUUCAGGCACACCAAGAGCCGCCAAGCGGCAGUCACGGUCACCGGUCAAGCGACAGACGGAUGCGGACUCGCCUGCUGUCAAGUCAGAUCAGGAGGAGAUUAUUGGCGGCGAUGUCACCCUCGAGCUGGAGCCUGGCAAACCUCCGAAGCUGGCGCGCUCGACUUCGCACAAGGUCGAAAAGCGCCCUCCACAGCUAUUCUUCGACCACGAGGACAAGACGACUGAAGCAUCUGCAUCAUUUGACGUCCUCCCGGAAUGCACAUAUGCCAACAAGUUUCUGGGCACCACCGAGAGCGCGCUUGAGUGCGAUUGCGCUGAGGAGUGGGGUAAGUCUUGUCUGAUAUUCUACACAGGCUGCGCUGCCUCCUUGUCUGUGUCGGUCUAACAUUGUCAAUAGACCCAGCUACCCUUCAGAAUCAUGCCUGUGGCGAAGAGUCUGACUGCAUCAACCGCGCCACCAAGAUGGAGUGCAUUGGGGACUGCGGAUGCGGAGUCGCCUGUCAAAACCAGCGCUUCCAGCGGAAACAGUACGCCGAUGUGACGGUCAUCAGAACAGAGAAGAAAGGCUACGGACUACGCGCAAACACCGAUCUCAGACCUAACGAUUUUAUUUUCGAGUAUAUCGGCGAAGUCAUUGGCGAAAAUGUCUUCCGGCGGCGCAUGCAGCAGUACGACGAGGAAGGCAUCAAGCACUUCUACUUCAUGUCCCUCACCAAAGGCGAAUUCGUGGACGCGACGAAGAGAGGCAACCUUGGUCGGUUCUGCAAUCACUCAUGUAACCCGAAUUGCUAUGUCGACAAGUGGGUGAUUGGCGACAAGCUCCGCAUGGGCAUUUUUGCCGAGCGCAGAAUCCGGGCCGGAGAGGAGCUCGUCUUCAACUACAAUGUCGAUCGAUACGGGGCAGAGCCGCAACCAUGCUACUGCGGCGAGCCCAAUUGCACCGGCUACAUCGGUGGCAAGACCCAGACCGACCGUGGCACCAAACUAUCGCAUACCGUCAUCGAAGCGCUUGGUAUCGAUGAUGCCGACGCAUGGGACACCGCCGUCGCAAAGCGCCCUCGCAAGAAGAAGCUGGGCGAAGAUGACGAGGAGUACGUCAACAACGUCGAGCCUAGAGGUCUCGACGAAGAAGGCGUAAACAAGGUCAUGUCUUCGCUUAUGCAGUGCAAGGAGAAGUGGAUCGCCGUCAAAUUGCUCACUCGUAUACAGCGCGCGGAUGAUGAGAAGGUGCGAAAUCGUGUGGUUCGAUUCCACGGAUACCGCAUCCUCAAGACUGCGCUUUCCAACUUCAGCGACGAUGUCAAUGUCUGCUUGCAGGUUCUGGACAUUCUCGAUAAGAUGCCACGUCUUACUCGCAACAAAAUCCAGGAUUCGAAGAUCGAGGAAGCUGUUGCUCCCCUCACAACCCACGAAGAUGACAGGGUCUCAUCGCAAGCACAAGCACUUAUCGACGCCUGGUCAAAGUUGGAGGUUGCCUAUCGGAUACCGCGAGUCAAGCGAGAUCCCAAUGCCGUCGUGCCAGACCGAAAAGCAGAUCGCUUUGAUCGCCGAGAUGGCGAUAGGCGGCGGAGCAGAUCAAGAUCACGGUCUAAGUCUCCAGAGAAGGUCCAGGCGCCGAGUGGUCCGCGUAGUAAUGCACCGCAGCGAGCACCCGGCUUCCGCUCUGGUCCUCGCUUCCGCCCACCGCCUCCUGGAGGAGCUUUACCGCCAGGCUGGUUCGAGGCAACUGCCGCGAACGGGUCCACAUACUACUACAACCAGCAAGGUACUACCACGUGGCAGCGACCUCCAGCAUCGGCCGCUCCCGUGCCUCCCCCUCCGCCGCCACCGAAAGCUGUAUCUGAUCAGCAGAUGCUCAACGACCUCAUCAAGAAUAUCGUCGCGAGCAAGAAAGAGCCAGCCAAGCAGCCACCGGCGGCCGCUACACCAGUGGAAGCGCCAAAAACAGAGCGCAAGGAGGACAAGUGGCGGUCAUUGCCAAUCGAAAAGCAGAAGAAGCUGUACGAGGGCACACUCCAGCCUCACAUCAUGCAUGUCGUUGGAAAGUACAAGAGUAAGCUGGCCAAGGAUGACCUCAAGCGAUGGGCCAGGGAAUUUGCCAAGCAGGUGGUCGAAUCAGACUUCAAGAAGAAUCGCGUCGAGAAUCCAAACAAGAUCAACGACAAGAAGGCAAAGGAAGUGAAGAAGCACGCACAGACUUUCUUUGAAAAAGCUGUCAAGAAACUCGACAAGAAGAAGUCGGAAAAGAAGUCAACGCAGGAUGAAGGAAGCACAACGCCACUGGGCUCACCGCCUGCGGUGGAUGACAAUGCAGCACCUGCUUUAUCUGAUCACGACAUGGACGCCGAAGACGAAGACGAAGACGCGACGCCUGGUGGAUCAGCCAACAGCCCGUCUACUCUCAAGCGCAAGCACGCGCACGCCGAGCUUGCCAACCUGACCGCCGAAGAACUCAUUGCAAAGAAGCAGCGUCUUGAAGCCGAGGAGGCUGCUCCGCCGCCGCCUCCGCCGCCUCCACCUCCCCCGGCCGGUGACGAGACCGACGGCGCAGACAAUGAUCUUGGAUUCGCCAUCAAGGGUGCUGCUUCUCAGAGUCGCCCAGUGUCACAGAAUGGCGAGCCGAGGCAGAUUGCGACGCCGCCUACGACGGGCUCGCCAGAUCACGACGAAGCGGAGAAGGCCGUGAAGCGAGCCAAUUUCGCAGGCAUGAACCCGGACCGAAUGAGGCAGCUCGGUCUGAUGGAUGGUGCGAGCGGCUAA